AUGGCCUCUUCGACGGCUCGAGCCCGCGCCCUGUCGGCCACCGGCGCGACGACUAUCUACGACUCGUACCCGUUGAGUCUGCGCACGUUCUUUAUGGCGCGCGACGGACCGCCGCCGCCGCAUGGGCCUUCGCGGUCGCCCGUGCUCGAGGACCGGACGCCCACUGCGCGGCCAGUUGGGGCACCGAGCGACGAGUUCCUCAGUACGCUGCACGACACGUCGUCCUCGAUGGACUCGGCCGCGCCCGACCCGCACGAGACGUUGCAAUCGACUGCGUCUCGCGCUGCGCAGCUUUGCCUUCCGAUUGGCAAGUUGCACACGGCGGUGUUUGAGCCGAAAGAGCGCUCAAAGGUUCUCAGCGCGCUGCGGCAUCGCGGAAAGCACACGGCGAAAACGCGCACGUCGGGCGUGACGCACUGCAGCACACGGAGGCGUCCGAUUGCCCCACCGCCGACGUUUACGGCAAAAGACGUGCUCUACGCUGGCACGCUGACGAAACAAGGGAGUUGGCGUCGGAACUGGAAGACGCGGUUCUGCAUUUUGCGCAGUGACUGCCCGAGCUUGUGCUACUUCACGUCGGAAGACAAGCUCGAGUUACUGGGCGAGAUUGCAAUCACCGAAGACACGAUCGUGUUGGACCGCAGUAGCAAUGGCCUCGCCCCGUUUCGGUUCCAAAUUCGAUCGGAAGCACAUACGCUGUUGCUUGAAGCAGACAGUCGCGAGUCGCAGCGACGAUGGAUUGACUCGUGUCAAGCACUCGCUGAUACGAUUCGCGCGUCAAAGUUCUCUGUCAAUACGUCGGUUUCGAGCGUCCCGGGAGCGCUGGAGAAUCGACGUUCGUCGCUCUGGGAAGCAGUGGGAAUAACACGACUGACUGAUGUGGGGGAAACGAGUGUGUCGUCUCAGAACAUGGGGGACGACGCGGACCACAGUGUGGCUGAUGAAAUGGACACGUGCUUGGGACGACCGCGACGUCUGACGGUCGAUGACUCGCCAGUGCCACAAGACAGUGGACAGCUAUAUGAUUUGUCCGUGUCGGUGCUCAUGGGCCGACGCUGUAAACUGGCACGCUCAGUCGAGCAGUUAUCGGAUGCCGACAAAGAGAAAGACCGCACGGGCUGCUUUGUGGUCGUGAGUGGCUACAAUUGCGCCACUAAGACGUUCGUGGACCUUGGAGUGACCGAUGUCGUGAAGUUGACGACACUUGUGGAGGCGUGUGGAGCGGCCUCAAAUGCCGCAGGAGGGCAGACGCCUAUGCCGUUCUCGAUUGUGAUGACAGCAGAGCUGGAACGAUACGACGAGUUGCGGCUGACGUUGUGCAAGUCGCAGUUGACGCAAAGUCCGGGAACCAGUCACGGGACGUAUGGAGUAGGACACUGUCUUCUGGACGAUCAGCUGCUGGGCUCCAGGCCUUGUGCUGUUUCGAUCACUGAUGUCGGCACAGCGUCAAGGGACUCGCUCGCAGCAAAUUCUCCAGUGCCGCAGCAAAAGAAACUGAACAACGGAGAGACUAUCGAUCCGAUGUUGACUGGAAGUGGGUCGAGUAUGACUCCUGCGGUCGAUAGCGAGAGCAUGCAGCUGGUGGUGCAUGCUUUCCGCUCCGUACCACCGCAAAGUGUGCUUCCCACGACAGGCGUAGACAUGGCCAAUGCCAAGUACCUUAUCCCAUCGGCACUCGCGCCUGGUCGGGAGACUGCCAGCAAGCUGACUACUGACACAAGUAUGGAGUUUCCGGGACACGUCCGUGGCAGCGACGUGCGCACCUUCAUGGAAAACGACACAUUUAUGUCGGGCGUUGACGAAGGAAUGUCAAGUGAAGCUCCGUGUGGUAACUUGCGGUACGUGGCAGUGGAUGAGAUUUUGCGCGUACCACGGAGUACAUUUGCAUUGCCGGUAGCGUAUCUGGAUUUCCUCGAGGAACAAGCGCUUGAGCGCUCCCGGUGGCUUCAGAAACAAGUGGUUAUGAACGCCGCACAGCCGCGCGACAAUGAGCGGCUGCACGUGGAACUAGAGUUCUUGCGGAAGAAGCAGGAGGAGUACCUGAAGCAGCGUCAGUUCCUUAUCCAGCAGGAGAAGCGGUUGCUAGUUGAGCAAGAGGAUGGCAGAUUCUUUAUGGCAGCCAAGCGCGCAGGUAUGAUUUCGAUCGCAAAUGAGCGCGAUCCAUCGCCUGGGUCGAACGCUGCAGGGGCAGGUACAGCGUCGACGAGGAAUGGGGACACUAAUUCAGUAGCGCCGUUCAAGCGGAGCACGUACAAGAACCUGAACUUGUGGCAGUUUUUGCCUACGAAUAUGCAGGACCAGUUUCUCUGUACGUACAAGCCGCCCACGCAAAACGACCCAAGUCUCAGCGGACCGAGCGCAGCUGCUUCGUCGCGGCCAUUCGUGUGGCAUACAAUGACAAUGGGCUGUCCAGCUGCUCAUACAAAGGGGUUUGCGAAUGGCGGCUAUCCUGCUUCGGUUCCGAUUAUGAUCGCCAGCCCAAAUGGUGCGGUAGAUGGUGACGGUCUGGACAGCAAGUAUGAAGGCAGUUCCCAGAGACCGACUUCCCCGGUGUCGGCUUCCAAAGGAGGAAACAGCAACGGGUCUGCGGUACAAUGUGACGAUACAUUGACAGCAUUUAAGCUGCGCCUCGAGCUCCAGGACCGCUUGUCUGUAAUUGGCAGCCAGAUUUUGUCGGCGACAGCGGCCUGUGUACUCGCUUCAUUGGACCUGGCGCUCAACGGGAGCGCUCUGCAUCAAGCCCAGCUCGAUCGUGCCCCAAAGUUUGGUUACCUCAUGAAUUUCGAGUCCUUGUUGAGUACCCAAGGCAAAGAGUACGGCAUGCUGGAGGACUUUGCUGCGGGGGCGCGAUGGUUGCGCAACGUAUUUAUUCAGUUCCGCCGGCACCCGACCACGGGUUCGUUCUUUUCGUUGCGAAAGUAUACGCCGCCGGGGUCCACCGCGAACGAUCAUCACUGCUUUCUGUUGACAAUAGGUAUCGACAAUAGCCACAUGUCUGUGCUGCCACAGUCUCUGGCAUCGGGUGACGGCACCGUUCACGUGCGCUGCGUGCUGUUUUCGCAGGGAGUGAAUGAGAAGCAGAGUCUUGUGCAUGCUUACAAGUCGAGUGCCGUCAAGCUGCAAGAACGCGUCAACCGGGAGAACUUGCAGGAGCUGAAGCGUAUCUAUGCGCUGUAUCGCCACUUGCGCAUCGACGAGAUGGCGACCCGUACUCGAGAUAGCCGUCGAGUGCGAGCCAACAGUGGAGCGCCGCUAGCUGCUGGUGGAGAUACUGAUGCAGCUGCAGCCACGGCAAUCGACCGACACGACCUCCGGGCUUUGGACGAUCUACUGGUUCAGAUUGAGCACCACAUUUGCUCCUCUACGAGCCAGUACAAGAAGAACGUGGCGCUCUUGAUGGAUUCUUCCGACUUUUGCAGAGCUUUGGGCGGAGCGCGUGUGACGUGUUGUAAGAGUGGGAAGGACCGUACGGCAAUGUCCGUGACGCUGGAGCAGACGCGACUGCUGCGCAGUGAGCUUCACGCUUCUCAAGGUGCUGCGCUUUGUGCCAACAUGCGACUCUAUGGCGUUCGUCGUCGCAACGUCUUUAUGAACACGAGAGCAGACAAGUUUGCCUUCAAUGAGGUGCAACGGAAGAUGUUACCUGAGUGCUACAAACCGCCAGGCGGUACGUACAAGUCUGGCAAAACCUAA